AUGAGAUUGGAAGAUGAUCAAGUAAGAGAAAAAUUUGAGACAUUUAGAUUCAAACUAGGAGAUAGUUCUCCCGGUUCGAAAGCCCUCUUGCCCCGCUACGCAGUUUCAACCUUAGGUUGGAAAAUGCGUAACUCCGUCAAGGACAGUCUCAACUUAAGAGGGAAGCAUCCUGGAGGAAGUGAGGGUGUCUUAGGUUUACAUUUCAAGUACAGCAGCGGAGUCACCAUCGCCUGCACCGCCUUCAGAAAGACCUAUAGUGAAUAUAUAGCCAGUGAAUGGGAAUUGCCUUCUAACCUGCAGGUGCCCAGUGUAGACUUCGCCGCAUCGUCUCUUACAGCUGCUAAGAUGGGUCGUUCAUGCAGAGGAAGUUCAGUCGCGCAUCUGAAGCUUUUGAUGCCUCUGAUGCUCUUUGUCGGUAUUUCUGAGGGAUCACCACUGGAUUAUGGAAGAUGGAAAGUCUUAGCUGUUAAUCUUGAGCAAGUGAGUGGUGACGCUUAUCCUCCCACCCUGAGCAAACUUGAGGAUAUGGAAGCAGAGGGAUACUUGGUGGUCCUGUCUGCAUCAAAGAUCAAAGGUAUUGCUGAGGUAGCUGUAUCAUCUGAAGCUUUAGAAGAUCUUAUUAAAAUGCAGGAUGAUGGAUUAAUAACCUUUGAUUUAAUAUGUAAUAAUCUUCGUAGGGCAUUAGAUUUGGAGAAACGUGGUGCAGGGAAAAACCUUCCUCGGGCUUCAGUUACAUUCACCUCUUACAUGAGUUUUAGCCAAAUUUCCAGUUACUUGGAUGGCUUACCAGCCCAAUACCCCAACAAAAUCCGAGUGGAUAAACCUGGAAGGACUAUUGAAAACCGGGCUGUUUACCGUGUCCGGUUGACUAACAAUAUCACAGAUAACGUGCAGAAGAAAGUUGUCUUAAUUGAUGGAGGUAUACAUGCUCGUGAAUGGGUUAGUCCAGCUGCUGCCUUGUAUAUUAUCGAAACACUUAUCGCUAAUACUGGGCUAACAGAAUCUAUUGAAUGGCAGAUUAUGCCCGUGCUUAAUCCUGAUGGAUAUGUUUACAGUUGGAGCAGUAAUCGUUUGUGGCGCAAGAACAGGUCAAGGUCUUCUACUUCCACUUGUGUUGGCGUUGACCUUAACAGAAAUUUUGGAUAUCAAUGGGGAGGACUUGGGACGAGCGGUAACCCAUGCAGUGAAGUUUACAAGGGAACAUCAGCAUUUACCGAAAGAGAAAGCAAGACUCUAAGAGAUGUUAUGUUGCCCUUGAAUGGCAAAUUAAAGGCUUACCUAUCUUUACACUCAUAUGGGCAAUACAUACUUUACCCUUGGGGUUACUCAACUCAAGCCACGCCGCACCCUCUAUCAGCAAGCAUGGAUACUGCUGCUCAAGCAAUGGCCGGACAAAUUAAAAACACAACUCAAGCCGUGUACCGUGCUGGCAACAGUGCUAUAACACUCUAUUCGGCAGCUGGAAUAUCUGUUGACUGGGCUUCUUAUGCAAUGAAUAUUACUUAUGCAUACACACUUGAGCUGAGAGACACUGGGUCGUAUGGAUUUACACUACCUGCAGCUCAGAUAUUGCCUACUGUACGAGAUGCCUGGGAGGUUGUAAAGAUUUUGGCUUCAUUGGUCUGAAUGAAGUAACAGAAGGAGUCAACAAACGAAAGUUCCUCUAAUGAAUAUGAGAGACAAGGAGCUAUGGUUUGCAAACGCAGAUUAUAAAAAAUUGCAAAAAUUGCUAAUGUCAUUAAUAUGUUUAUGAUUACAAAAAUUUUGUAUUAGUGAUUAAAUAAAUUUGAAAUCAUUAU